CCAAAGGCAAAGCAGUGACUUCAUUGUUUUCUUCUUCCUGUAUUGAUGUCGGUUUAUUGACUUUCUGAACCACCAAAGAAUUAUAAGAGCAUGAACUCAGGUUUUUUUAUUAACAGCAAAACAAUUUCAUUCAUGGAAAUUUCAGCUUAUUUGCUUGUUUUUACUUUCCUCCAAAUAUUCCUUCUUGCUCCAUGCACUGCCUCUGAUACUCUCAGGGAAGGUGAUUCGCUGCACGUUCAGAAACCAGGGGAUGUUCUGGCUUCUAAAAAUGGCGUCUUUAAUGCAGGGUUUUACAAAGUUGGAGAAAAUGCUUUCUGCUUCGCCAUAUGGUUCAAUGUUUCAUCCGAUCCCAAUCACAACGUUGUUUGGAUGGCCAACCGAGACCAACCCGUGAACGGCAAAGGCUCAAAGCUUUCCCUCUUGAGAAACGGCGGGCUUAUCUUGACCGACACCGGUGGAAAAACAGAGUGGAAUGUAGAAUCUGUUUCAGCUCACUCUGUUCAACUAAAUCUUCUCAACAAUGGCAAUCUUGCUCUUCAAACUCUGGACGGUAAAUCCACCCUCUGGGAAAGCUUUAAGUUCCCUACAGAUACACUUCUUCCUAAUCAAGAAUUCACCAAGGACACUAAUCUUAUCUCCUCAAGAAGCCGAUCCAACUAUUCUUCUGGUAAUUAUAAGUUCUACUUCGACAACGAUAAUGUCCUCCGCCUUCUUUAUCAAGUGUCAGACAUAACCAGUGUCUACUGGCCGCCGCCAUAUCUCCUUACUUGGGAAACAGGAAGUGAGAGGUCUACAUAUAACAGCAGCAGAGUUGCAAUACUGAAUUCUUCGGGUAACUUCAGGUCAUCCGAUAGUUUGUGGUUUCAGGCAGUGGAUUCCGGUGCAGCUCCAUUGAGAAGAUUAACCCUUGAUCCUGAUGGUAAUUUAAGGUUAUACAGUCUGGAAGAGACAGCUGGGACUUGGGUUGUUUCUUGGGAAGCCUUUGGAGAACCUUGCAAGAUUCAUGGCAUCUGUGGACAGAACAGCCUGUGCAAGUAUGAUCGAAUUCGGGGCACGACAUGUUCCUGCUUACCAGGAUUCAGGAUUAAGAAUCCCCAGGAUUGGUCUCAAGGCUGUGUACCAGAAUUCAAAAAUUCUUGCAACCAAAGCGAUGUUGGAUUUGUCAAACUUACUCAUGUUGAAUUCUAUGGCUUCGACGCAGAUUACAACGGCAAUGGUACCUUGCAGAAGUGUGAAGAAAAAUGCUUAAACUCGUGCGAGUGCAAAGGAUUCCAGUUUAAAUACGACCGUAAUUGUUACUUCAAGAUGUCGUUGAUUAAUGGAUAUCGUUCACCUGCAUUUGUGGGGGAUUUUUACUUGAAAUUGCCCAAGUCCAGUAUUAAAUCUGGAGAAAAUCUGGAUAACGAUUCAAGGUUGGCUUGUAUCGACAACCCAGAAGUUGUUACACUGAAUAGAACAUAUUCAAAAGGCAAACAAAAUGGAUCCUUGAAGUUUUUGGUUUGGUUCUCCAUUGUGGUGGGAGUUGUGGAGUUCAUAUUCAUUUUCUUGGUUUGGUGUAUUUUGUUUAGAAGUAAUGAAGAUAACAAAGCAACAGUGCCGGUAUACACACAGGUUGCAACUGGAUUCAGAAGAUACACUUAUUCCGAGCUUAAAAAGGCAACCAAUGGUUUUAGUGAAGAAAUAGGAAGAGGUGGUGCCGGAAUUGUGUACAAAGGAGAGUUGCCUGAUCACCGCGUUGCUGCAAUCAAGAGCCUUCACGAAGCUGGCCAAGGAGAAGCAGAGUUCCUCACAGAAGUAAGUACAAUUUCAGGGCUUAAUCAUAUGAACUUGAUGGAAAUGUGGGGGUAUUGUGUAGAAGGAAAGCACAGGCUUUUGGUUUAUGAGUACGUUGAACAUGGUUCUUUAGCAGAUAAUCUUUCAAAGAAUGCACUUAAUUGGGCAAAGAGGUUCGAAAUUGCUGUCAGCACUGCGAAGGGUUUGGCUUAUUUGCAUGAAGAGUGCUUGGAUUGGAUUCUACACUGUGAUAUUAAGCCACAGAACAUACUCUUGGAUUCCAAUUUCCAACCAAAGGUGGCAGAUUUUGGCCUUUCUAAGCUGCUAAAUCGAGGAGGUCUCAAUGGCUCAGGUUUCUCGAGGAUAAGAGGAACAAGAGGCUACAUGGCUCCUGAGUGGGUUUACAAUCUUCCAAUAACCUCCAAAGUUGAUGUUUAUAGCUAUGGAAUUGUGGUUUUGGAGAUGGUGACUGGAAAGAGCUUGACCGGAGCUCAAACUGUUGACAAUGUAGAUCAGGUGGUGGAGCAGUGGAGGCUGGUUCCUUGGGUGAGGGAGAAGGUAAAUAGAGAUGUUUCGAGGAAUACAUGGAUUGAAGAAGUUGCAGACCCUAUGUUGGCUUCUGCCUAUGACCUGGAUAAGAUGGAACGUUUGGUCAAAGUCGCAUUGCAAUGUGUGGAAGAAGAGAUGGAUGCAAGACCCACCAUGCGUCAAGUUGUGGAGAUGCUUUCGGACAAUGAGGAUGGAACUUCCAAUUUCGUCUAGGAGCACUUUGACAAGCUAUUGUGCUUCCCUCGUAGUUAUUUGUGUUUGUUUUGCUAUUUCUACCUUCAAAUCCUAGUGUGCUUCCCACGUAGUGAUUUGUGUUUGUUGUGCUUCCAAUUUCGUUUGGUCAAAGUCGCAUUGCAAUGAGUUGAAGAAGAGAUGGAUGCAAGACCCACCAAGCGCCAAGUUGUGGAGAUGCUUCGGACAAUGAGGAUGGAACUUCCAAUUUCAUCUAGGAGCACUUUGACAAGCUAUUGUGCUUCCCUCGUAGUUAUUUGUGUUUGUUUUGCUAUUUCUACCUUCAAAUCCUCUGCAACAUAACCGCUUUAGUCAUAAUAAAACUAAUCUACCUCUAAAGGAUGUCUUAAUAAUAAAAGUUAGGAUUGCUC